GGCCUCUCCUCGGGGAGGGCUCGCUGGGCUGGGAUGUGCACGGUGUGGGGUUUAUAGGGGCUCAAAAAACCCCCAGAACGACCAGGCAGCGGGAGGGGCGGCUGCGCCGCAUCGCACGCCUCCUGGUGCCGCUCGUGCCCGAUUCAGUGGUGGCAGAUCCGCAGUCUGCAGCGCAAAAGAAGCAAUUUUGCUUUUAAUAACGGAGGCAGUUUCUGCAGCGGCUCUGGUCUCUAUCCCGUGGCUUUGACAGGAGCUGGAAGAGGACGGGAGCCCACCUCCCCGCCUUGCCAUAGGCACGUGUCCGCUUCCUGGGCUCAGCCCGUUCCAGGAAACGCAGCCCCGGUCUCUGCUGAUCCGCAUCUCCUCACGCCAUUUUUGUAAGGGGAAAAAGCAAAGAGGUUCUCGGACUCGGGAAAGUGGUUACAGACUGACAGAACCAUCUACUUCCCCAGGGAGCUUGCACCGGGGGCGUACCAUAGCCAGCGGGACGGGAGCCGUCUCCUGCCUGCAGCUGCAUGGGGAAGGAAGGAAGUCGGUACUUCCGCGUGAGAUCAUCAACUGCGGACGGAAGUCCUCUCGAGGCCGGCUUCCGGGGGGAGGUGCUGGCCUCGCCAAAAUGGCGGCGUCCAGGUGUCCCUGAACGGAGAAGAGGUGACUGCCGCCCGAGGCCGUGGCGGCCGCUGGCUUCCUAUGGCGCUAAGCAGCCGUAGCUGCUUGCUGCUGGCGGCCGGCAGGCUCGAGGCACCUGGAGUGGGUCUUCGUUUUGCAUCAACGACAGCCAAUCUCAAAACUGAGACUGAAGUGGACACAAGCGAAAAUGAGGUUGUUGCCCCAGACUUCACUAACAGGAAUCCUCGGAACUUGGAGCAGUUGGCCCUGGCUAGGAAGGAGCGCGGCUGGAAGACAACAUGGCCAAAGCGUGAAUUCUGGCAUAGGUUACGGCUUGAGCGGACACAGCAUUACGUAGAAGCCUUCGUUGAGCGCUGUAAUGGGGAUGUUGUGGUAUCUGCCUCUACCCGAGAGUGGGCCAUAAAGAGACACCUGUACAGUCCCAAGGGAGUAACGGCAUGCAAAAACCUUGGCCGCGUAAUGGCACAGCGCUGUUUGGAAGCAGGAAUCAACUUUGUGAACUUUAAAGCUGUUAUCCCCUGGGAACGUCGUUGUGACUCGAUUCAGGAAUUUGAGAAAGCUGUGGAGGAGGGUGGUGUUGUUCUACGUGAGCCACGAAGAAUCUAUCGGUAAAAUGGAGACCAUUGGGAAAACUUUCCAAGGAACAAUCGCUUCUUCAGGCCUGUGUACAGGCACAGGGAAGGAAAAGUUGGAAACCUGGCAUCUUACAAUAAAAUGUUUUUAAAUGCGUGGAA